AGGGGUUGCCCACAUCCAAGAUGGCGCCCCCAGUAUCAGGGAGCGGGUGACCGGCAGCGGGGAAGCGGCCUGGGCUGGCCCUCCGAUUGCGGGGUCCUGGGGGCAUUUCACCUGUACCCCCCCUGGCCCGGCUACAAGGCCUUCCCCAGGCCAGAGCAAUGGCCGCCGAGAACAGUAAGCAGUUUUGGAAGAGGAGCGCCAAGCUGCCAGGGAGCAUCCAGCCUGUAUAUGGAGCACAGCACCCUCCACUGGACCCUCGACUCACCAAAAACUUCAUUAAAGAACGGUCAAAAGUCAACGCAGUUCCUUUAAAGAGUAAGAAAGCCUCCAGUUUUCAUGAGUUUGCCCGGAACACCAGUGAUGCUUGGGACAUUGGCGAUGAUGAGGAGGAGGACUUUUCUUCCCCUUCUUUCCAAACUCUGAACUCAAAAGUUGCUUUGGCAACUGCAGCCCAAGUCCUGGAAAACCACAGCAAGCUAAGGGUGAAACCAGAACGGUCCCAGUCAACGACAUCUGAUGUCCCUGCCAGCUACAAAGUCAUAAAGUCCAGCAGUGAUGCUCAGCUAUCCAGAAAUUCCAGUGAUAAUUGCUUGAGGAAUCCACUCCACAAACAGCAGUCACUCCCUCUCCGACCCAUCAUCCCCCUUGUUGCUCGGAUCUCGGACCAGAAUGCCUCUGGGGCACCCCCAAUGACUGUCCGUGAAAAAACUCGCCUAGAAAAAUUUCGUCAGCUUCUCUCUAGCCACAACACUGACUUAGAUGAACUGAGGAAGUGUAGCUGGCCAGGGGUUCCCAGGGAGGUUCGGCCUGUAACCUGGAGACUCCUGUCGGGCUAUCUCCCAGCAAACACAGAAAGGAGGAAACCGACUCUGCAGCGGAAGCGGGAGGAGUAUUUUGGCUUCAUUGAGCAGUAUUAUGACUCUCGGAAUGAGGAACAUCAUCAGGAUACCUACAGACAGAUUCACAUUGACAUUCCAAGAACGAAUCCUCUCAUUCCUUUGUUCCAGCAACCACUUGUGCAGGAGAUCUUUGAAAGAAUUCUUUUCAUUUGGGCCAUCCGACACCCUGCCAGUGGGUAUGUCCAGGGAAUUAAUGACCUGGUCACUCCAUUCUUUGUCGUCUUCCUCUCAGAAUAUGUGGAAGAGGAUGUGGAGAACUUUGAUGUGACCAAUUUGUCUCAGGACAUGCUGCGAAGCAUUGAAGCCGACAGCUUCUGGUGCAUGAGCAAGCUGCUGGACGGCAUCCAGGAUAACUACACCUUUGCACAGCCAGGAAUCCAGAAGAAGGUCAAGGCACUGGAAGAGCUUGUCAGCCGGAUUGAUGAGCAGGUACAUAAUCACUUCAGGAGGUACGAGGUGGAAUACCUACAGUUUGCCUUUCGGUGGAUGAACAACCUGCUCAUGCGGGAGCUUCCCCUUCGCUGUACCAUACGCCUGUGGGACACAUACCAGUCUGAACCAGAAGGGUUCUCCCACUUUCAUCUCUAUGUGUGUGCAGCCUUCUUAAUCAAGUGGAGGAAAGAGAUCUUGGAUGAAGAGGACUUUCAGGGUCUCCUCAUGCUACUACAAAACCUACCUACGAUACACUGGGGCAAUGAAGAGAUUGGGCUGCUUCUCGCUGAAGCCUACAGACUCAAGUACAUGUUUGCUGAUGCCCCAAAUCACUACCGCCGAUAGGUGCUGUCUCCCUGUGGGGACCCAGACUGCCCCCAUCUCUGAUGGCAAUUUGAUCACUGUGGCCACUGUGAGAGCCGUGGACCUCGACCAGGAACCACUCCUGCUGUAAAAAGCUCACAUCCGCCGCCCAGGUCUUAACUUUUUGGCGUGCCUGUCCACCACUCCAUGUCUCCAGAUGGGUCUCUUGGACCACUGUCAGUAUUCCAUGCCAUAUUGAUGGGUCCAGCUCUGAGAGAGGACAGAGAAGGAGGUACAGGGUUGUCUGCCCCCUUUAAAAGGAACUGGACAAAAGAGGGGAAGGCUCAGGGUCUCAAUUCACAUUGUCCCUAUGUGGACUGGCUGUCUCUUGCCUCAUAGCCCCGACUGAUAUUGUUGCUUUUUGUGACAUAGUUUGAUUUGAUCACAGGUCAAAAAAAAAAGAACGCCUUACGUUUUCAGAAUACUCAUUACCCUCCCCCCUGAUUUCCUAGCCUUUCACCUUCUGCCCUAUUCUGAGCCAGUGAGAGGCAGCUUUUUAAGAACAUUAUUCUCAGCAGAGGAGGCACUGAAGCUUAUAACUCUGGGAGGAGGCCUAUACCUAAGGGCUAGGAAUUUUUACUUUUACUUUUCUCAUCAGGUGUUUGUGUGUGUUCCUUUCAUUUGUGUAUGCCUGUGGGUUUGCAUACCUAUCAGAAUUUCUUUAAAUGUUUCCAUGUCUGUCCAGACUCACCCCAUCACAAGCAGCUGAGAAUGCGCCCCAUGACCAAGUAUAUAAGCAUCCUUUAAAGAGGAUCAGGGCAGGGGAGGGAGAAGGGCUUUUUUUUUCCCCCUCUCCAAACCCUUUUUUUGUUCCAUGAUGAUCCACUCCAAGAUAUUAUGUGUAAAUUGUGUUCUUAUGUAUAUGGGUAAAGAUGUACAAAUCUGUCUUCUUUGUAGCAGAUAUGAUUUUAUAUUUAUAACGUGUAUCAACAUGUGAAAGCAAUCUAGGUCACUAGCACAGAUGAAAUAGACAGGCAGGCAGCUUCAGCGCCUCCAGGUGGGUGGCUGGGUGCCCUCCUGUGAGGGAAGCAAACUGGAGUCUGCCAGACUGAGCACAGCUGACUGAGCAAGCAGAUGCAGUUGCUUUGAAAACCAGAGGCAGCCAUCCCAAGCAUUAGUGUCUCAGAGUUCUUCCAUCUCCCCAGUCCUCCCCUCCCUUCCUCACCUCCACCCCACCCAAGCCUUUGUAGAGCAGCUGCCCUGUUCCUCCCCCUCUUCAGCAGACUAAGACCCCACCCUACAGUCCUAGCAGCCUCCCAGAGAGAGGGCCCCAAAGGUAAAAGCCCUUUUGCAUGUUUUAGCCCCUGCUCCCCAACCCCAACUCUGGGGAAGGCUUUUGUUUUCCCAUUUUCCAGUCAGCAUUGUAUUCAAGACAGAAGCUGUGACUGACACAUCAGUGCCAAGGAAAGGGGUCUCCUGUGUGUCCCUGGGGCUUGAGGUUCUUCUCAAGCUCAAAGAGAGGCAUUCCAUGGUCCCCCACUGUCACCGUCACACCCCACAUAGCCCAUGAAGUAUGUGACCCAGGUUCAGUUCUUGGUGUUUGGCCAUGGGCUUGGGGGGGGGGGGGAUGGUACUGAACAGUGGCAAGCAGCUGCCCUCCUCUUGAGAAAUCAGGCAGCGUCCCCAGUGGGUGACACCCUUGAAUUUCUGCCACUGAAGCCCUAUCGGCUGGCUUGUUACAUUUCUCGUCAGGAGCUGUUUCUCAGGCAUCCUUCCCUCCCCUAUUCCUGUUUCCCUUCAGUGUGCCUCAGUAGUCUCCUUCACAGAACAAGAGGGCUUGUGACCCUCCCUUAACCAGACUAAUGAAAGAAAGACACUUGUGUUCCCAAGUGGUGGUUUUAUUUUUUUAGUUUUUAUGUUUGUAUGGGAAAUUGUGGAUAAAGUGAAAGAACUGUAAAUAAAUAGUGUAUUUCCUCCUCCA